AUGGCUACUUCUUCUCUUGCAAUUUCUCCAAGAAAACUCCGAUCUGAUCUAUACUCCUACUCCUACCAAAACGACUCAAACACUCCACUAGUCAUUUCUGUUCUUGCUUCUCUUAUUGAGAGAACCAUGGCAAGGAAUGAAAGAAUUGUCAAGAACUGUAUAUGGGCUUUAUCUAAAGAUACAAGGACUCGAGUCUUUGAUUGUUAUGAGACACCAGACUUGACAAUUCAAUCUUAUCUUGAGAGAAUUUUUCGAUACACUCGUGCAGGACCUUCAGUUUAUGUCGUUGCCUACGUUUACAUUGAUCGAUUUUGCCAGGCUAAUCCGGGGUUUAGAAUCAAUGCAAGAAAUGUACAUAGGCUUCUUAUUAGUACUAUCAUGGUGGCUUCUAAAUAUGUUGAAGACAUGAAUUACAGGAAUUCUUAUUUUGCCAGAGUUGGGGGAUUGACAACAAAUGAAUUGAACAAGUUGGAGCUUGAAUUCUUGUUCUUGAUGGGUUUCAAAUUGCAUGUGAAUGUUAGUGUUUUUGAGAGCUAUUGUUGUCAUUUAGAAAGGGAAGUAAGCAUUGGAGGUGGAUACCAUAUAGAGAAGACGUUGAGAUGUGCAGAAGAAAUCAAAUCGAGGCAACAAGAAGACAAAAUAUAUAAUCAGAUUGCUCGAAUUAUGCUGUAG